AUGCCCCAAGACGACUCGUGGAGCGAGGAAGCUUUGCGGCGUCUACGUCGCCACUUCGCCAGCGAUCGCUCCGUCGCUGUGUACGAGGCAAUAACCGCUCAUGCCCUGGACGCAGCCACAGGUGGAUCGCUGUUCUUCUGCGGCGUCUCGGCAGCUCAAGUGGCUCAGAAGCUUCUGCGCAUCGGCUCAGCCUCGAGGUUCUUGCUGCCUCAGGCAAUCGGCGCUGCUGCCGUCGCGUCGUCUUCUGUCCUUUCGAUGCACUUUGCUUCUAUACCGAGGGAUAUCUACCAGGAAGUGGCAGCACAGAGCCGUCAAGCCAAGGAGCACCGGGGCUGGAGCUGGCUCGUGCUUGGCGCCAAGAACAUGCAGCCGCCGACGGCGUGGAGACUGGCCCGAAGCAAGUUCAUGGAGCGCUGGAAGGAUUUGGACCAAGCACCAUACCCGGUGUACAUGGUCAUGGGACUUCUGUGCUUCAAGCUCUUGGGAGGCCGCACGAGUGCCUUGGCGCCUUCGCCCUUUGCCGAUCUUGGGGCUUUCCACCUGAAGAAAGCGUCGCUCCCGGCGACGGCUGACUAUGCUACUACUGUAGAAAGAGGCAUUAUCCAGGAGUUUGGAAGGCUCUAUGGAUGCCACACGUGCGGAGUCAAGCGUGGUGUACGUUAUCAUGCAGACCACAUGCCACCCAAACUGGUGGCCAAGCGAGCUGAUGCGACGUUAGUCCGGAGGAUACUGGGCUGGAAGACGACCUUUCGUUUUUACCCACAGUGCGAGCAAUGCUCGAACCAGCAGAGCAGCGUCGUGAAGCAGUGGAAAUCGACACUCAAGGCGCACUUGCGGUCGUUCCGAGCGUACCAUUUUACAGGUCUGUGGCUUGUACUGCUGUGCACUGGUGGUCUCUAUGUUGGUGGCUCAAACUUCCACGAAACAUCUGAGGUGUCAGCUUCAACGAAUCGUGCUGACGAACAUUCCGGCUCACUCACGUCGUCAGAUUUUAACUUGCUCGUGUUGCUACGCGAGCGAGAGCGUAAAUUGCGUCGAGAACGAGAAAGACAGAGAGAUUUGAAGCAGAUUGCUGCAACUGAUAACGAGCUGGAAGCAGUAGCGAGGUGCAAGAAGGCCGUGAAAGCCGACAUUAGACGGCACGAGGUCAACCAGUGGGCGCGCUGA